AUGACGGAAACAAAUUUUGAAAAUUUGGAAUUUCAUCCAUUCCAAACCAACGAAACCUUACUAUUAAACGAUGAAAAUGACCCAGACUUAAAUUUUUAUAACUGUACAUUGUCCAAGAACACUAAUACAAAAUAUUAUUCUCCAAAUUCAGACAAUAUUUUUGCACAUGCAAGAAAUUAUUCCUUUUCUAUACUACAUCUCAACAUUAGAAGCAUGCAAAAGAAUUUUGAGAGUUUUAAACAGUUUCUCCACACUCUGAAUUUUCGUUUUAAAAUAAUUUGUCUCACUGAAACUUGGUGUCGUGAUGAAGCCAUAAAAAACAAUUCAAAUUUUCAAUUGUGUAAUUACUCGGUGAUUCAUCAAAUUAGAAACUCUAACAAGGCGGGUGGUGGCGUGUGUGUGUUUAUUCAUAAUUCUCUAUUGUAUAAAAAAAGAACAGAGCUAUGUGUGAAUAAUAACGAUUGUGAGUCAUUAAGUGUAGAAAUACUGAACAAAACCACAACGAACAUCAUUGUGAGCGUAAUAUACAGGCAACCUGCAGGAUCAAUUGAUAAUUUUAAAACGUUAAUUGAACCUAUUAUAUUGAUCAAUAAAAACACCAGCAAAGCAGUAUACCUCGUGGGGGAUCUUAACCUCAAUACACUUGAUUACGAAACAAACAAAAACAUCCAGUGUUUCUUUAACUUUAUAUUUCAAAGUGGGUAUAUUCCUCUCAUAAAUAAACCAACCCGGGUAACUAAACAAAACGCUACAGUAAUUGAUCACAUCAUAACAAAUUCAUUUUGCGACAAAGAACUACAUUCGGGUAUUAUCAAAACAGACAUCUCUGAUCAUUUUCCCAUCUUUAUCACGUCCAAUACAAACUUUGAUAGACAGUCAAACCAUUAUUUAUUGGCUAAGGUAAAAUGGGACGACGUGGUAAAAGGGAAGGAUGCAAAUGACGCAUAUGAUAGCUUUUUGAAAAUUUUUUUGGAAGCUUAUGAUGCGGCAUUUCCAGAAGAAAUUAAAAAAACAUGGAAUAUCAUCAAGGAAGUUAUUGGUAAAAUAAAAAUUAGAAGUAAUAAUUUUCCUUCAAAACUUGUAAACGACGAAAAUGAAAUUGAAGAACCAUCUUUGAUAGCUGAAGAAUUUAACAAUUUUUUCACUAAAGUGGGGCCGACCCUGGCGUCGAAAAUAGGUCACAGUACAAAAUCCUUUAAAUCGUAUUUGUCAUAUUAUGAUAAUGAAAUAGAGAAAAAAGAGCUAAGUGAGGAGGAACUAGAAGCAGCAUUUCAUUCUUUGCAAAUCAACAAAAGUCCUGGCUUUGAUCAAAUCAGCAGCAAUGUCUUAAAGAACUGUUUCAAUGAACUAAAAUCUCCACUACUGCAUAUAUUUAAUUCAUCUCUAAUUACAGGCAUUAUUCCUAAAAAGUUAAAAAUAGCUAGAGUUGUCCCAGUCUUUAAAGCAGGAGAGGUUUGUAAAGUAUCUAACUACAGACCAAUUUCAAUACUCCCUUGCUUCUCGAAGAUUUUAGAGAGAAUCAUGUACAACAGGGUUUAUUCUUUCUUGAACAAUAACGAUAUUUUGUAUAAUAAGCAAUUUGGAUUUCAAGCAGGUCAUUCAACUGAUCACGCAAUCAUUCAGUUGAGUCAGGAAAUAUUUCAAGCCUUUGAUGAGAAUAAAUUUACAAUUGGGGUCUUUAUUGAUCUCAGUAAGGCAUUCGAUACAGUCAACCAUGAGAUUCUAUUAGAAAAACUAAAAAAUUAUGGCAUAAGAAAUACAUAUCUCGCAUGGUUCAAUAACUACCUCUUCGAAAGAAAACAAUAUAUUUCUUAUGACGAAGGAAAUACUAACUACAGGAUUAUAACAUGUGGAGUACCUCAAGGGUCAAUUUUAGGGCCACUGUUGUUUCUUAUUUAUAUCAAUGAUAUAUUUAGAGCAUCUAGUGUCUUAAAUUCAAUUUUAUUUGCUGAUGAUACAAAUUUAUUCUUUACUCAUAAAGAUAUAAACGUGCUUUUUGAAACCACUAACCUAGAAUUGGCUAAAUUGGCUGAUUGGUUUAAAGCGAAUAAAUUAUCCCUUAACACUUCAAAAACUAGAUAUACCUUUUUUCACAAACUUAGUAAAAAAGAUAAAAUACCUCUUAGGUUACCUGGAUUAGUUAUUGAUCAUGUAAACAUAAGAAGAGAAUAUUCAAUGAAAUUUCUUGGAGUUCUCCUAGACGAAAAUUUAACUUGGAGAGAACAUAUUAAAUUAGUGGAAAACAAAGUUUCCAAAAGCUUAGGAAUCUUAUAUAAAGCCAGUUUCGCUUUGAAUAAGAACUGCUUAAGAAGCAUAUAUUUUUCCUUUAUACACUGCUAUUUAAACUAUGCAAACAUUGCAUGGGGUAGCACUAAUAUAACAAAAUUAAAAAAACUGCACAUUCAGCAAAAACAUGCCAGUAGGAUUAUAUUACGACAGAACAAAUGUUCCCAUUCUAGACCAUUGCAAAAAGAACUGGGUAUUCUUAAUAAAGUUCAACAUAAAUAUCCAACUAGAUUUUCAGGUAAUAAUUUCCUUCGGCCAAAAAUCAUAUCUAAUGUAACAAAAUUUUCAAUAUCAAACCGAGGCCCAAAACUCUGGAGCAUGCUUCUAAACGAUGAGAUAAAAAGCAUUCCAUCUACAAAACAAUUUAAAAUUGCACUAAGAAAUCAGCUGUUACGAAUGUUUAUAAUGAAAAUAAACAAUGCAUUUCAAUUUUCUUUUGGUGAUUCCCUUCCCUUCGGGUUCCCCAGCGAGAUCCCGCUCAGCCGAGCCAGCCCGGUCAACCGAGCCGGUCCGCCUCCAUUUGAACAGCCCCUAAACACCAUAUGGGUUUUUCUCUUGGAUGCUGGAUAA